AUGAGGAUCGAGGAUGUGCAGUCGACGUCGAAGAAGCAGCGCGUCGCCACCCACACCCACAUCAAGGGCCUCGGCCUCGACGCCAAUGGGACGGCGGUAGGGCUGUCGGCGGGGUUCGUGGGGCAGGCGGCGGCGCGGGAGGCGUCCGGCCUCGUGGUCGACAUGAUCCGCGGGAAGAAGAUGGCCGGCCGCGCGCUGCUCCUCGCCGGCCCGCCCGCCACCGGCAAGACCGCGCUCGCUCUCGGCAUCUCCCAGGAGCUCGGCAGCAAGGUCCCUUUCUGCCCUAUGGUAGGAUCAGAGGUGUACUCCUCGGAGGUCAAGAAAACCGAGGUGCUAAUGGAAAAUUUCCGCAGAGCUAUAGGCUUGCGGAUAAAGGAAAAUAAAGAAGUUUAUGAAGGGGAGGUUACUGAACUUUCCCCAGAAGAAGCUGACAGUUCAACUGGUGGAUAUGGCAAAAGCAUUAGCCAUGUAGUGAUCGGCCUGAAGACCGUAAAGGGGACUAAACAGCUGAAGCUAGAUCCUACGAUUUAUGAUGCUUUAAUAAAGGAAAAGGUGGCAGUGGGCGAUGUGAUAUACAUCGAAGCUAACAGCGGUGCAGUGAAAAGAGUAGGUAGAUGUGACUCAUUUGCUACAGAAUACGAUCUUGAAGCAGAGGAGUAUGUCCCAAUUCCUAAAGGGGAAGUCCACAAGAAAAAAGAAAUAGUGCAGGAUGUUACACUUCAUGACCUUGAUGCCGCAAAUGCCCAGCCGCAAGGAGGCCAAGAUAUUUUGUCCCUUAUGGGCCAGAUGAUGAAGCCGCGGAAAACUGAAAUUACUGAGAAGCUACGCCAAGAGAUUAAUAAGGUGGUUAACAAAUAUAUUGAUGAAGGUAUUGCAGAGCUUGUACCUGGUGUAUUGUUCAUUGAUGAGGUCCAUAUGCUGGACAUUGAAUGCUUCUCUUAUCUUAAUCGUGCUCUGGAGAGCCCAUUGUCGCCAAUUGUAAUACUUGCUACGAACAGAGGAAUAUGUACUGUAAGGGGAACUGAUAUGACAAGUCCACAUGGUAUCCCAGUCGACCUUCUAGAUAGGCUGGUGAUUGUUCGGACAGAGACUUAUGGUCCUACCGAGAUGAUUCAGAUAUUGGCUAUUAGAGCACAAGUGGAGGAUAUUGACAUUGAUGAAGAAAGUCUUGCAUUUCUAGGGGAGAUUGGGCAGCAGACAUCUUUGAGACAUGCUAUUCAGCUGCUUUCACCUGCUAGCAUAGUUGCAAAGGCUAAUGGGAGAGAUAAGAUCUCCAAGGCUGAUCUCGAAGAAGUUGGUUCUCUGUAUUUGGACGCGAAGUCUUCCGCCCGUUUGCUUCAGGAGCACCAAGAAAGAUACAUCACCUAAAAACUACUGCUGCACAGCACAAUGUCUGCAAGAAUUCUCAGCUGUCGGCUCAGGUCGACAUUGGACUGUCCUCCCCUGCUCGACUUGGUAGGGAGGCACACGCGCAGACUUCUUCGUGAGCACACUUGGGGGGCGUUAUUAGUUUCCUAGCAGCUGCACGCUGUACUUCAGUUGGUCGCUAGAGAACUUGGAUCCCGGCACAUUGCUUGUUCACAUUACUGUUUGUUGAUUAGGUUGUGCCAGAAUUAUCGUGUACCCUAGUUGCCCGUGCAAUUAACGGCCAGAUCCCGUUUCCUCUUUCCUCUUUGACGACCUGUCACAUCAGAUGUAUCAUGUCGUGAUUCGUUUCUGGAAGAACUGGAAUUUCUUGUA